AUGGAUGGACAGUGCCGGUGUGCCGCCGCCGAAGAUGUGGUUCGUCGUUCGUUCCUCGAGGAGGCGGCUAUGUUGAAAAAGAGGUCGGGAAGCCCGACAAAAUCCGUCAAAACGAUGCUGACCUGGGCACUUGAAGAUCCGGACAACGGCAUAGAAGAGCGGAACGAGAUGAUGUUGAUAUUAUUAUUAUUAUUAUUAUUAUUAUUAUUAUUAUUAUUAUUAUUAUUAUUAUUAUUAUUAUUAUUAUUAUUAUUAUUAUUAUUGCUAUUAUUGUAUUACAUGUGCUAG